UAAAAUUGCAGUUUACUCUUUAAUAUACUACUAUCUCAUCCUUCUAUUUUGUUACUUCAUUUAUCAGUUUCUUUAUUACUUAGUUUACCAAUGACUGAUUUUUUUCCUCUUGCUCAAUUGUUGAUUGUUAGGCUGCACGGUAUGGAACCGUCGCCCAGGCCGUCGUGGAUCGUCGCCGGCGUCGAAUCAUCCCGCCCCCUCCCGUCACCGUCGAGGACGUCGAGUUGCGGACGGUCAAGACGGUCCAAGCUGCUGGGCCCCCCUUCGUUUUUGACUGGUAAUAACCAACCGGGUGACGGGUUUUGGUCCAAGGUAUUGACCAAGUUUCUCGCCAUGAUGGACCAAGGCCCGUAUAGAGAUAUCGACUCGGUUUCCUCGAAGUGGUGAAAAUUGAACUCGGCCGUUAAUCGGUUUUGCGAGGAGUAUAACAAGUUAUAUACAAGUGACCGUCGUAGCGGGUGGAACGACGAAGAUGUGUUCAAAAUGGCAUUGGAAAAGUAUAAGCAAAAUAAUCAUGGUUCCAACUUUCCUCACGUUCGCGCGUGGAUGGUUCUAAAAAACGACCCAAAAUGGGCGCCCAUUCCUAACGAGGUGGCGAUGGCGAAACGCCAAAAAACAUCGGAAACGGGUAGUUUAAGCGCCGGUGGAUCGGACGCGAGGUGUCACAUUAACUUAAAUGAUGACGCCGACUAUGACGAAGACGAGUAUAACGUACGUGAACCCGAGCGUCCACCGGGCCGAGACAAAACAAAAAAGGAGCGGGCCAAGGGAAAAGGAAAGGAAACGGUGGACCCGAACAUGGUUGAGUUUAUGGAACACCUAAAAGUGUACAACGACAUAUCGGCCCAAAAGUCGAAGGCGAAGGAGCGGGCCGUCGAAGAAAAAAGUCGUGCAUCGGACGAGAAGUUAAAAGAAAAGGUCCGAUUGUCGAAUGAGAAAAUCCUAAUCUCCGAUGAAAAAAUUCGGCUUAAGGAAUGGGAAAUAAUGAUGAUGAAUGUCGAGAACGAACCCGAGCCGAAACGUUCGAUGUUGAAAAAACUACAAAACGACAUCAUGAAAAAGCAUCAAAUUAUUUAACUUUAUGUUUAUUUUUAUUAAGUCUUUUUUUUUAAGUUUAUGUUUUUUUU